UGCUCACAGAAGAGGGGUUAGGCAUCCUAUAAGAACUGAGCUGCUGUGUCGUUACAGACACACAUCAGAGGGGAAGAAAUCACACAGGAUGGCACUCAGCUCAACUGCUCUCUUCUCUGUGGGCUUUCUUCUGCUGCUGCCACAAGGAACUCUCAUGAGCAAGGGUCCAGAGUCUCUUCCAAUUAUACUGACUGUGGAGAAUGACCUGUCUAACAUGACUCCUGAGACCUACUCCAGCUCUGUGGUGGAGGGAGGAGUGCUGCUGGGCGCUCUGAGGAGACUGCAGGAGACACAGCAGGACUUUAAGUUCACAGUGAAGGAGGACCCAGACUUUGGACUGAUGUUGGAGAGCGUGAACGGAGUGGCUGGCAGUGAUCGCGAGCAGACGUACUGGGAGAUCCUGUCAGGGGGCUCGGGGGACUACAGCAGACUGGAUGUGGGAAUUGGCUGCUACAAACCUACUGCAAAUGAACACAUCAUCCUCAGGUUCAGCAUGUGGCCUCAACACGUUUAGCAGAAGGGCUGUGGAGUCAGAUGUGGGAACGUUGUCUUAUUUUUCAUUUUUGCAUUUAUGACUGUCUCUGCAUCAUGUGUGAUUGUUGAUGUUGAUGCCUGCUGUUUGUGAGAAUAAAGAAAAUAGCAACAUCUGCUGGUAUUCAG